AUGGCAACCAUCAAAGUGUCGGCAGGCUUAAAUGCGGAAGUUUUCACCCUUCCUGACGCCCAGGUGGUUAUUGUCGGCAAACAUAAACUUCUGAAACAGCUCACCUUCGACAGUGAACUAGCCCGAAAGCUAAAAGGAGUGGACGAAAAGUUAUUUCAGUUAGCUGUAAGCCAGUUACAACCGAGCUCUUCAGUUUCGUUGUAUCUAGAUUUAGCCAAGGUAAGCUCAGAUUAUUUGGCACAUUUUAGUGUGUAUUUGUUAGAUAAUCUCCGUUUCCGACGAGACCAGUCGUUGCAACGCGCCAUCGAACUCCAACGAGAUCUUCAAGGAACUCAAAUCUCUGAGGCUUUCCAAUAAUGUCAAGGUGAUUUCAACGUGUCCGUCCAUAAAGGGCAGGUGCCGUAAUGGGCAGAUUGAUGUCAUGAGCUAACGCUUUUUCGCCGUUAUAAACCAAAAUUGGGCAGCUAAUUUCUACAUACUCUUGUUCAGAAUUCUUUGAUGUAUCUCUCGACCUAUCCGUUGUCGGGAAAUUAACGGCGGGUCGUCGCGGCAAAAUGUCUCGCCUCACCGCUAUCGUGCACCAAAUUCCCAGCCGCGGUUUGCCGUUGCAAAGCGAUGAUGAGCGAUGCCGAGGCGCGACGAUCCGCCGUUAUUUUCCCGACAGACUGAUAGUAAAAUUCUACCGCCACCGACGAUUCAAACUCUGGCGAAUCGGUAAUUGAUCGCUGGACUGAAUCCUCGCGGAUUCUGUCAAAAGUCGACCUUGCACAGAAUCCGCUGGGUUUGCUAUUAUAGCGUCUGCCCAUUGUGGUCCGUUCCCAAUUUUAAUAAUUUUUUUUCAUCAGGCUUUGGUUAUUGUUAUCUUCGCCGAGUUUGAACAUGUUUUGCCGUCUGUUAUUGCCGCAGCCAGAGCAUUUCCUGCAUUCUCGAGGAAGACCUCAGGAAAGCAAUUGGAGGACGUUCAAGUUGAGGUUGUUGUCACGACCGAAGGAAAGGUAUAUUUACAUUUUACAAAAGUUUAUAUAAGGAUGGUGACAUACAAAUCAAAUCGGGUUUCGUGGCCAGAAACCGCGAUUUCUUGUCUGUUAGGCUUCUAGACAAGAAAUGCGCAAUUCUUGUCUGAGCAGAGAAAAAAAGAAAAAAAUUUUCACGGGGAGAGAGCAGAAAUUUGCACAAUAUUGCGCAAUGUUACGCAAGUUGAGAAUUACGCAUUUCUUGUCUAGAGGCCUAACAGAGAAGAAAUCGCGGUUUCUGGCUACGAAACCCGAUUUGAUUUGUAUGUCACCAUCCUUAUAUUAUAUUUAAAUUAAAAUCUUGAUUUAGCAACUUUCUCCAUUGGAUUUGAACUUUUUGAAUUGGAUAAGCAAUUAUUCGCGAAUUUGCGCCAAGCAGAUCGACACCCCUUGCUCCGAAAUGAAUUCGUCGGCGUUUGCUGAGGAGACAGUGAAGAUUGCAGAGAAUCUCGGAAUCCCAAUAAAAACAACUUUAGUUAAAGUAAGGAACAUUGUAAAUCGGAUCACUUUCUUGGAUUACAAGGAUGACAAAAAUAGCUUCGAAAUUCUUCCAGGGCGAUGACUUGUUGAAGCGUGGCUUCGGGGGUAUCUAUCAUGUGGGUAAAGCUGCUGAACAUCCUCCCAUCUUCCUCUGCUUCUCUCACAAUCCAAGUGGUGCCACGAAGGAUAUUGCACUCGUUGGAAAAGGAAUAAUGUUUGAUACUGGAGGAAUGCAAAUCAAGACCAAGACUGGGAUGCCGUGUAUGUAACGCGAUUCCUUAUGAAGUUUUUUCAGCAAUGAAGUGCGAUAUGGGCGGGGCAGCGGCAGUGUUUGCUGCUUUUUGCACACUGGUACAGUCAGGAUUCAAGCAGAAUCUCCAUUGUUUGCUGUGCAUUGCCGAGAACUCGGUCUCUCCGAAAGCCAAGUAUGUUUUGGUCCGUUAUUUAGAUGCCUUUAAUUAUAAUUUAUAGCCGACCAGAUGAUAUCAUUACCAUGCUGAGCGGGAAGUCUGUGGAAAUUGCGAACACGGAUGCCGAAGGUCGUCUUGUCUUGGCUGAUGGUGUGUUUUAUGCCAUGAGUGUUCUCAAAGCGAGCACUAUAAUUGAUGUGGCAACACUCACUGGAGCUCAGGCAUAUGUUUCUGGCAGAAUUCAUGCUGCUGUCCUUUGCAACAAGGAAGAAACGGAGCGAUUGGUGGUGAAGUCGGGUAGAAAGAGUGGAGAUCUUGUCCACCCACUCCCUUAUGCGCCGGAUCUACAUUUCUCGGACCUCAAGUCUCAGGUUGCAGAUAUGAAGAAUUCGAAUCUUGGUUCAAUGGAAGGUCCGCCAAGUGCAAUUGCUGGUCUCUUCAUCGCUUCUCACAUCGAUUUCACUGAAGAUGUGAACUGGAUUCAUUUGGAUAUUGCUGCCCCGGCCUUUAAGAACGAUAGAGCCACAGCCUUUGGUCCUCCUUUGAUCUGCUCGGUUCUUUCGGAACAUUUGGAUGUUCCAUUGCUAAACUAG